AGCAUCCUCCAUGAAAAUAAAAAGUCAGUCAGCACAACGGCCCAUCAAUAUCUUGCGGCGCAACUACACCAGUGUCGCUACACCCCACCACCAUGGCAGCGCCGCAAGCGCAAGCGCUUCCGUUGGCUCUACCAGACAUCGAAGCACUCGUCAAGACCCUGUAUGAUCCUGGCCAUGCGACCAAGAUCCCCCAGACCGAAGCUACGCUACGUGUGUUGCAGAGGUCCCCACAGGGCUGGGAGAUUGGCGACGCCCUGCUGAACAGUGCCGACCCAAACGUACAGUUCUUCGGCGCGCUAACACUUACUGUGAAAGUCAAUGCAGACUCUGCAGACUUGAGUGAAGAAGAAUCGGCUCAGUUGCUUUCUAAGCUCAUCCAUCAUCUCGUCACGAAUCCAAGCUCCACCACAGCGACACGAAAACUAUGCUCGACGCUUGCCCAAUAUUUCACCAAGCCUAUCUCUUCAUGGGUAGAAUGCAUCCGAAGUCUGACACUCUCAUUCGCUUUGCAACGGCCGGUUCUAGAUGAUACCCUCGACAGUCAUCCUUCAACCUGGGAUGUGCUUCCUCCGCUGGCCGACAACCAUCUUUUGACGUUACUGGACUUCGCAAUGAACGUGGCUGACGAGGCAAAGAAGCUGUCCAAUCGCCCUGACCAACGACCCCAUGAACGUCUGAUAGCAAAUGUUGAAAGCCUUGAAGUUCUACUGCAAGUUGCUUUCGGGCGAGGCAUCAAGUAUCUGUCAACACCGCCGGAUGAUCCUAACUAUGAGCGGCUGUUACAAGCUGGAGAAAAGCUGUGUGUCGCAUCUUUCGAAUGCUUCCUUGGCUGGAUUUUCUACGCGCAAUCUGAGUUCAAGGCUGUGCCUGAGAAGCUGAGACACCUUCGCUCAAUCACGGAGCUAUCCUUUUCUUGCCUGGAAUAUCAUGUGGAUGAUGCUAUGGAACACAUUGCCACCGUACUCGAGGGCUAUCCAAAAUUCUUCGAAGAGAAACAUCUACAUAUGCUCUGGGACAUAAUCACGAGCCAAUGGGGCCUCGAGAUUCUCAAGAAUCUUGAUGCGGAGACCGUUUCAUUAGCAAGAAUAAUAGUCGCAUACGGUUCUGAGCUGGUUGAGACGAAGAAACUCUACCAAGAGCCCGAUAACGGACAUUACCAGCAAGUUUCAUCCUUUCUCCAUGAACUACUUAAAUAUCCAGAUCCCGUGGGCGUUGAGGAUGAAGUGGCCCUGGUUGCGCUGGACUUCUGGAGCACAUAUAUAUCCGCAAUUGCCGAAGAGUCUUUCCUUUACUCAGAGGGAGAGCAUCCUCCGUGGUUUGUCGUUGCAAGGAGCCAUGCCUUUCAGGCAAUUUCUGAAUUGCUGCAGAAGAUUAUCUAUCCGCCUUCAGAGGUUACCAAAACUUGGGAUUCUGACGCUAAGAAGACUUUCAAGGUCUUUCGGAUGGACGUUCGAGAUAUUACGAUGGAGGCCUUUGAAUUGUUACGGAACGAGUUGACCGAGCAAUUCAUUGACUUCUCGAUACAGGCCCUGGAGGCAAAGCGUUGGCUCGAGCUUGAAGCAGGGCUCUUUUGUUUGAUCUCAGUCGCCGAUGCGGCGACUGCUGUUGACGACAAGCUCAGCCGACUGUUCGAACGACCGCUUUUCAGUACGAUUACCGAGAACACCGGCAUUCCUGCUGUGACAAGGAGGACGGCAGUCGACCUUGUCGCAGCCUUCAACCACUUUUUUAUGCGCAAUCCGCACUUCUUGCCGCAAGUUCUGCCGUUCUUGCUUGGCGCUUUGGCGCAGCCAUCGCUCGCUCAAGGUGCUGCAAAAUCCUUCGCUUCGCUAUGUUCAGAAUGCAGGAGGACGCUGACCGGCGAGCUUCCUUCUUUCUUCCAAAUGUAUGACCAAUUUAUUACCUAUGCGACUGCGGAAGAGUCCACAAAGAGCAAAGUUUUGGAGGGCAUUGCGGCAAUUGUGCAAGCGGAAUCAUCUGAGGAGAAGCAAUUGGCUGGUCUUCAACAACUGUUCCAGUACGUCGCCCACGACGCGAUGCAAGCUCUGAACCUCACCAAAGACGGUAACGAUGCCGAGCAAGGCCUUAUGCUUGCCCUGACCGCUUUGAAGUGCCUCUCUUGUAUCGGAAAGGCGCUUCAGGCACCAGAUGAUGGCGUUGUUGACUUGGAUGAAGUCGCUACUGGAUCGACGUUCUGGACACAAGGCCUUGGAAAGGACAUACAAACUCAGAUCCUCAACUUCAUCACCUACCUUACUCAGGUGUUCCCCGCCAACGACGAAAUCAUUGAGUCGGCUUGCAAUAGUCUGCGUGCUGGCUUCAAAGAAGCAGGACCAGGACCUUUUGUGUUACCUGCAGCGGCCGCUGUCGACUACAUUACAAGAACUACGCUACAGACGCCGCGGUUGACGUAUGUAUUAGAAACAGCUUGCUGCUGGGUCUCUUGCCAUAAAGGAUCAAGUGAUUUCGAACCGCAAUCACAACGCCUUCUCCAUUACGAUUUAGGGAUCAUGCAAGCGUUGCAGCAUCCAAGAAACGAACCAGAAGUGUCCGUCGGGUGCAUUGAACUCAUUCAGAGCUUCAUCAAGCAGAACGCUUCCAUUUUGAAGCAUGAACAUCCGGACGUGUUGAAGGGCACUUUCGAUUUUUCAGUUGAAUGCCUCAAGUCGCCAGAAGUCUUACCGAAGAGAGCCGCAGCCUCCUUGUGGCGGGAAAUAAUCGAGAAGACCGCCAGUAGCGGCAAUCCAGACCAAGUGAUGUGUCAAGAAAUUGUUGAUCACUUCGGCCAAGCGGUCACUUCCGCCUUGAUCGCGAACAUAAGCGGAGAGGUCGAUGCUUCUAGCCUGGAACACAUUGUGAUCCCACUUCGGAAGCUCAUUCAGAACGACCGUCACUCUAAAGCAUACAUAAGCUCUGCUCUCUCAGAACAGCCACUUUUGCAGAGGAUGCAGGGUGAACAAGCAGUACAAGACAUGAUCAGAAAGUUCAUUGAAAGUUUGAUGAGGAAUGCAAAGAACUCGACUGCAUUUAAGGAAGCGGUCAAGACAUUCUGGCAGGGCUGCAAACAGCUUCAAAUGCAGCUCGCGCCGCAGACGAUGCACCCGGGACAUCGCUUCAACUAUUGAUGCGAUCCACGAUCAUGGCCGACGACAGCGAUUUCCUCCGACCUUCUCAAAAUUCUGCGAACGCGGCCAGCGCAAAUGUCGCGCCAAAGGAGAGCUUGAAAGCAGC